ACGUGCAGAACUCAGCAGCCAGGCCAGCAAUCAAUCGCAAUAGCGAAAAAACGCAGAGCUCCGAUUAACUUACCAAGAAAAAAAAAAAAAAAGGCAGAGAGAUUAUAAACCCUAGCUCUAGCUCGUUUCUUCACGUUUUCAGUGUCUCCGUUUCUCUCUGUAAGAAAAAAAUAUCUUCGUUUCAGCCUCAUUUUGAAGGUUAUAGUGUAACAUCUCAUGCUGUAUUUACCAUAUUACUUCCUGCUUUGCUUUUGAGUAGAGUGACCACUGAAAAAAUGAGGAACCUUUCCUUACUAGAAUGCACAUACAUUACCAUCGAGAUUUAGAAUCAAGUCAGUUUGGAAAGCAUCGAUGAAAAGUUAUUACCCACCUAAUAUAGUUAAUCUUUUGAAGAACAAGAGGCCAUCACUUCCUAUGUUAUUUGGUUGUUUUUGAAACCAUAGGUGCAAGGUUGUUCACUUUUCUAAAGCUCCUAAAAGCUUUUAUUGGUGUCCUUGUCUAAUGUCAGAAGGCAUAAUGGCUGUAGUUAAACCAGAGAUGAAGUCUUACAUAUGGAUUCAAACCGCUGAUGGUUCAAUCCAACAAGUAGAAGAGGAAGUUGCCAUGUUCUGUCCCAUGAUUUGCCAAGAAAUUCUUCAAACAGGCAUGGGUUCCUCAAAAAACUAUGCUAUACUUCUUCCAGAAAAGGUUAAUCCUGCCAUUUUUGGCUUAAUACUUGAUUAUUGCCGGUUUCAUCAAGUACCCGGCCACUCAAAUAAGGAACGCAGAAAUUUUGAUGAGAAGUUUGUUCGGAUGGAUACAAAAAGUUUGUGCGAGCUGAUUUCUGCUGCUGACAGCCUCCAAUUGAAGCCUUUGGUCGAUCUUACUAGUCGCGCCCUGGCUAGAAUUAUUGAAGGAAAAUCUUCUGAGGAAAUACGUGAGACAUUUCAUUUACCAGAUGAUCUCACUGAGGAGGAGAAGUUGGAACCGUUGAAAAACAUAGCUGAUGAUCCGCGUAUUCGGCUUUUGAAUCGGUUAUAUGCGAAGAAGAGAAAGGAACUGCAAGAAAGGGGGAAACUUAAGAAUGUUGAGGUUGAGGAGGGGCUUGUGGAUGAACGCUCGGUCGAGGAUCUAUUGUCAUUUAUUAAUGGUGGAAAUGAAGAGUCAAAGGAGGUCAAAACAAAUAAGAAUAAAAAGAAAAAUCGGAGAAGAAAAGAUCAACUUAAGGAUUCUUCUUCAGAAACUCUAAACACAAACCACAAGAAAUUUAAUUCUCUCCCAUCUGCUUGCCGUGAUGAUGAACUUAGUGAUAUUACAUUGCCCACUCCCAAUCAAACUUCGAAGUUGCAAAGUUCAACAGCUGUUAGCUUUUCGCCUAAGCUUGACUUUGAUGAUUCUUAUAUUGAUGACGAUUUGGAUCCUGCAUUGAAGGAAGAACUCGACAGGGAGGUGGAGGACUUUGCUCAGAGAUUGAAUUCUCGUUGGCCACAAAGUAUAGAGGAAAUUUUAUCGUUGGGCCAACAAAGAAGACUUGUACCAGUAUCCACAAAUGGAAAUAAUUCUGCACACAGACAAAGUUUGGACGGCAGAUAAAUACUUAAAGAUGAAUAGGUAUUUAUAUGUGAAAAUAUCAGCAGCUGGAGGACAUGGCAGCACAAUUUUUCCAGCUGCGAGAUGAUAAGAGUUGGCACUUUUUUUCUUGCCCACUGCAUGUGAGUAUAUUUGUUUGUUUUACCAUCACCAAAAUGCAAUUUUCAUUUUUGGAAGCUUUUUUACAGUUGGAAAUGGAAGUUUUAAGUUAAAAGAAUCAACUCUUGAAAGAUGAGUGAGCAAAAAUCUGUUUACUUGUCUUGUUUUGUUAUUUAAUUUUGUAUACUUGCUGCUGUUGUAGUUUUUUUCUUUUAGUUUUCAGCUAUAUCCCAUCUGGGUAUGCUUUGUCAAAAUUUUGUUCAUGGUGAUCAAUAGAAUAGAAUUUUUGACAUAUAAUUGUAAACUAGUGAUUGACUUGAUUAGAGAUGUAUUUCUUGGGGUGAAUUCGAUUUGAACUGAGUUGAACCAA